ACCGAAACUCCGGAGGACGUAGUCACAGUUGGCGGUUCGAGAACUCGAACGUUCCUGAUAAGAUUAUACCAAAACGACUGAAAUACGUCACACUUCUGUUAGAAGAGCAGAAGUAACGCCAAGCCCUUGGCCACGUUAACACCUUGUGAUAGUGACAAUAAAAAAAAAGUACAGAAAAUAUCGCGCGGAUAUUUAUCAGUGAUAACACAAGUUUCUAGUUUUUUUAAAAUCAUUUCGGAAAUUUAAAACCGCAAAAAUGGUCGCCGAUAUGAGCCUCCCGAUGGGCUCGCGCUGCAUAAAGUACCUUAUGUUCAUCUUUAAUCUCUUCUUUGUGAUCACUGGGAUUAUUCUCCUGUCGAUUGGUGCGACGAUCCACGCAGUUUACAGUGGCUAUCCGCACUUCCUGGACAACAAGUUCCUGUCAGUGCCCUCCUUAUUAAUCGCCGUUGGCUCCAUCAUCUUUUUCAUUGCCUUCUUCGGCUGCUGCGGGGCUGUCAGGGAGAACUACUGCAUGGUCGUAACGUUCGCUUUGUUGAUGGGUUUGAUCUUCAUUCUGGAACUCGCUGCUGGAAUUUCUGGCUACGUUCUCAGGAACGACGCUGCUGACUUGAUCCAAGACAAGAUGUUGGCGACGAUGAAGAAUUAUGGUACUAAUGAAAGCCAGGAAAUCACACGGGUUUGGGACGACCUCCAGAGAAAUUUCCAAUGCUGCGGGACGAUACAACCGAGUGACUGGAUAAACACGGCUAACAUGACAGGGCUACCCUUAAGCUGCUGCGAUCCACUCCCUGGAGAAAUAGGAAAUAAAUCGUGUACAGUCGAUGAGAAGGUGACGUUACAUAAAAAAGGAUGUCUCGAAUCUUUUGGAUCAUUCAUCAAGGGUCACGCUGUGGAACUUGGUGGAGCUGGUCUGGGCAUCGCAUUUAUUCAGGCUGUGGGAAUCUGGUUCUCCAUAUACCUCGCAAGAGCAAUCAAAAUGAACUACGAAACAGUCUAGAAGGAGAAUUAAGAGUGAUGAAUUGAGAAAGCAGGGGAAUUGGGGGAGAGAAAAAUCAUCCAACAGGAUUCAUCAGACUUCGAUCAUUGUAAAAAAAAGCUUCAGCUAUUAAUAUAUAACUAUAUUCUUGUACGAGUAUUAUAACUUCAGGUUGACAUUUUCAAUUUGUAUUUGAAUGACGAUAUUAAAGAAAGAAUUGAGUGAGAGGUCAUGUUUUAUGUAAAUCGGAA